AUGAUGGCGGUGACCUCAUCCUGCAAAGAAGGGACCAGGAUAGCAAUGGAUAAUGGCAAGUAUGUAAGGUACACGCCGGAGCAAGUGGAAGCUUUAGAACGUCUGUACCUUGAGUGUCCUAAGCCUAGCUCCAUGCGUCGCCAACAGCUCAUUCGUGAGUGUCCCAUCCUCUCCAACAUUGAGUCCAAACAGAUUAAAGUUUGGUUCCAAAAUCGAAGAUGUAGAGAAAAACAACGAAAAGAAGCGUCACGCCUCCAAGCUGUGAACAGGAAGUUGACAGCUAUGAAUAAACUGUUAAUGGAGGAGAAUGAUAGGUUACAAAAGCAAGUCUCACAGCUUGUUUAUGAAAACAGCUAUUUCCGCCAACAGACUCAAAAUACGACCCUAGCCACCACGGAUACAAGCUGUGAAUCACUAGUGACGAGUGGUCAACAUCAUUUGACUCCUCAGCAUCCUCCAAGGGAUGCCAGCCCUGCAGGACUUUUGUCCAUUGCAGAGGAAACUUUAACACAGUUUCUUUCAAAGGCUACUGGAACUGCUGUUGAGUGGGUCCAAAUGCCUGGGAUGAAGCCUGGUCCGGAUUCCAUUGGAAUCGUUGCAAUUUCUCAUGGUCGCAGUCGUGUGGCGGCACGUGCAUGCGGACUUGUGGGACUAGAUCCUACAAGAGUCGCGGAAAUCCUUAAAGAUCGGCUUUCAUGGUAUCGUGAUUGCCGAGCUGUGGAUGUUAUAAACAUGCUGUCCACUGGAAAUGGUGGAACCAUUGAACUGCUUUAUAUGCAGCUCUAUGCCCCAACAACAUUGGCACCAGCUCGAGACUUUUGGUUCCUGCGCUAUACUUCUGUUUUGGAGGACGGUAGUCUUGUGAUAUGUGAAAGAUCACUUAACAACACUCAGAAUGGUCCAAGUAUGCCGCCAGCUGCAAAUUUUGUGAGAGGAGAAUUAUUGCCUAGUGGUUAUCUAAUUAGACCUUGUGAUGGUGGAGGAUCCAUCAUUCACAUAGUUGAUCACAUGGAUUUGGAGCCUUGGAGCGCUCCUGAAGUGUUGCGCCCUCUUUAUGAAUCCUCAACAUUACUUGCUCAGAAAACAACAAUGGCGGCCUUGCGUCAUUUGAGGCAGAUUUCACAAGAAAUAUCUCAGCCAAAUGUUACAGGUUGGGGCAGAAGACCUGCUGCCCUUCGUGCACUUAGUCGGAAGUUGUACAAGGGAUUUAAUGAGUCUGUUAAUGGAUUUACCGAUGAAGGAUGGUCUAUGUUGGAAAGUGAUGGUGUUGAUGAUGUUACCCUACUUGUGAACUCAUCUCCAAGCAAGAUGAUGGGCAUAAAUCUUUCUUAUGGCAAUGGAUUUCCUUCGAUGGGCAAUGCGGUUCUAUGUGCCAAAGCAUCCAUGUUACUCCAGAACGUGCCGCCAGCCAUACUUCUCAGAUUCUUGCGAGAACAUCGAUCAGAGUGGGCAGACAGUGGUAUUGAUGCUUACUCUGCUGCUGCUGUCAAAGCUGGUCCAUGUGGAUUGCCAGUAGUUCGAGGUGGAAGUUUUGGCGGUCAGGUCAUUCUUCCUCUGGCUCACACUAUUGAGAAUGAAGAGUUCAUGGAGGUCAUUAAGCUUGAAAAUAUGGGCCACUAUCGAGAGGACAUGAUCAUGCCCAAUGAUAUCUUCCUGUUGCAGCUUUGUAGUGGAGUUGAUGAGAAUGCAGUUGGCACUUGUGCUGAACUCAUCUUUGCCCCCAUUGAUGCUUCAUUCUCUGAUGAUGCACCUAUUAUUCCUUCCGGUUUUCGCAUCAUCCCUCUUGAUUCUGGAAUGGAUGCAUCCAGUCCAAAUCGUACACUCGACCUUGCCUCAACUCUUGAAGUUGGAGCUGCUGGAAACAGACCAACUGGUGAUAAUUCCGGUCAUUAUAGAAGCACAAAGUCUGUGAUGACAAUAGCAUUCCAAUUUGUGUAUGAGAUCAACCUUCAAGAAAAUGUGGCUAUCAUGGCUCGGCAAUAUGUCCGUAGUGUUAUUGCUUCUGUUCAAAGGGUGGCAUUGGCGCUCUCUCCCUCCCAUCUAGGCUCUCAUGCUGGUUUUCGGACACCUCCUGGUACUCCUGAAGCACAGACGCUUGCUCAUUGGAUUUGUCAGAGCUAUAGGUGCUAUCUCGGAGUUGAGCUGCUGGAAUAUGAAGGAAGUGAAUCGAUUCUAAAAACGCUUUGGCAUCACACCGAAGCAGUUUUAUGCUGCUCUUUGAAGGCACUACCAGUUUUUACAUUUGCUAAUCAAGCAGGACUUGACAUGCUUGAAACAACCUUAGUAGCACUUCAGGACAUAACUUUGGAGAAAAUUUUCGAUGACAAUGGACGAAAAGCUCUAUUUGCGGAGUUCCCACAAGUGAUGCAGCAGGGUUUUAUGUGCCUUCAAGGUGGUAUCUGCUUGUCAAGAAUGGGGAGGUCAAUCUCCUACGAGAGAGCAGUCGCUUGGAAAGUGGUAAAUGAUGAAGAAAAUGCUCACUGUAUCUGCUUCAUGUUCAUCAACUGGUCUUUUGUUUGAAAUUAGUCUUCUUAGUUUGCAGAAACCUUUAACUGAUGAUGAAAUGACACUGUUAUAAGGAUGUUGAACCUAAUGGAAUCUCCGGGGGCCCUCGAUUGUAACCCCAUUUUU